UCCGAGAAAAAUAUCUGUAGUAAGUUAUCGCCCGGCGUUACCGGCGUACUCGCGACAGUCUCGCCGCGGUCGCGGUCGACGCGCGUCGCGUAUAAAAGCGACGAAGAGUGCGUGCUGUGCCGUUGCCGUUGCCGCAGUCGGUGGAGCUGCAGCCGCUCCGGCUUAUCGCCCGCAGUCGCGGAGCCGCCGCUGCCGACGACGAAGACGAUGCCGUUGGCCGACGACCGAUAACGGAGCUGAUCACACCGCGGGCGGCGCAUGGACUUGCAGCACCGACAACCGCGACACCGUCCGUCACCGUCGUCUGACCGUCCUGCAGAAUUACAUAAUCGGCUUUCUCAGAUGUUAUUGGAACCACAGCAGCAGCACGGCGGUGGUGAAGAGAGAGGCGACGAACGGCAUCGUCGCCAUGGACGGCACCAUCACGACGAGCACAUGAGUGACGGCGGUGGCAACGAACAACAGCAGCAAAUGCUGUUACUACACCAACACCACCUGAACCAACAACACUUGCAGCACCAACAGCAUCUCCCGCACCAGCAAGGCCAUCAGCCGCAGUUACUUCAACAGUUGCCGCAACAUCAGCAACAGCAGCAGCAGCAGCAGCAGCAGCACCAAGACAAUGAACUGCAACAGCACCAACAGAUGCAGCAGCAACGCCAACACGAACAGUUGGACGGUCACCAUCACCAACACCAUCAACUGCAUCACGAGCAACAGCUGCACGAUCUCCACCACCAAAACCUACAGCACCAGCAAAACCUACAACAGCACCAUCAGAGCCUCCAACAGCAGCAGCAGCAGCAGCAGCAACAGCAGCAGUACGGCGAGGUGAACCAGUUGGGCGGGGUGUUCGUCAACGGCCGGCCGUUGCCCAACGCGGUCCGCGUGCGCAUCGUCGAACUGGCCCGCGUCGGCAUCCGGCCGUGCGACAUCAGCCGGCAGCUGCGCGUCUCGCACGGGUGCGUGUCCAAAAUCCUCGCCCGGUACCACGAGACCGGAAGCGUGCUACCCGGGGCCAUCGGCGGCAGCAAGCCACGGGUGACCACGCCCCGGGUGGUGGCGUACAUCGGCCGGUUGAAGCGCAAAGAUCCGGGCGUGUUCGCGUGGGAGAUCCGCGACCGGCUGCUCGCCGACGGCGUAUGCGACAAGUUCAACGUGCCCAGCGUGUCCAGCAUCAGCCGGAUAUUGCGCAACAAGAUCGGAUCGUCGGGACCGACGCAGCAGAACGCGGCGUCGCAGCAGCCGACGACCGUCAUGACCGGUGCGGGCGGCCUGUCGCCGACCACCGCCGCGGCGGCGCACCACAUGUACGGGCCGUACCACCACCACCACCACCAUCACCACCCGCCUGCGACGCCGCCGCCGUCGUCCGUGGCCGCGGGCUAUCAGCUCCACCACCAACACGGCCAAUACCACCACCAACACCACCAGCUCUACCACAACCAUCACUACCAACAGCACCAACACCUGUGUUCGCCACCACCGCCGCCCUCGUCGGGUCUGUCGCCCGCCGUGCCGCCGGCUACGGGCGGCUCGGCGUGCUGUUCUCCGACCGUGCCGGCCGCGGCGUCCAGGUCUCUGACGUCGCCGUCGUUGGUGACACAGCUACAGCCGCCGCCGCCGCCGCCGCCCCCGCAACACUGUUGGCCGAGUCCGCACGCCGUCACAGACAUACUCGCGGCCGCGGCCGCCGCUCAGCAACAGCAUCAACACCACCAACACUUACACCCGUCGCACCCGCACCACCUGCACGCGUCGCAACACCACCCGAACGGCCAUUACGGCGUCGGUGGCGGAAGCGGCGGUGGCGGGGGCAGCGAAUCUGCGGCCGCCACGACGGCUGCCGCCGCAGCAGCCGCCGCCGCAGCAGCCGCGGCCGCCGCGGCCAAUUACGACACGACGGCCGGCGGUAGCGCCGCUGCAGCCGCGGCCGCCGCGGCGUAUAACACGUACUGCAGCAGUUACUACCAUCACGCGAUGGUGUACGCGGCCACGGCGGCGGGCAGUAUUGCGGCGGCCGGCCGCCAUCCGUCGCACCACCUGAGCGCGACGCCGCCGUGCACUGCAGCGGCCGUGUGGCCACACUCGAUAGGACCGCCGCUGCCACCGCCCGCACAGUCGCCGACGCCGUCACCGCCGACUUCGGCGGCGGCGUCGACCACCGCGUGACCAUUACCGCGGUGGUGAAUUCUCAGAAUGCAGCACCGACGAACAGAAGACAAAAAUUAUAAAAAUUAUAAUUUAAUAUUAUCGUUUUAUGGUUUUUUAUAUAAAAAAACACUUAGGGUAUUUCGAUGGUCACUCCACUCGACUGCAUUGGACGUCACGUGUCACUGUAUAACGUUUUAUAAUAUACAAAUUAAAGACUAAAAAUACGAAUUAUGUACAAUUAUUUUAUUAAAUAUUAGUGUAAUAUAUAGGUACGUUUGUGUAAUAA